UGACGUGGCGGACAAUCAUUGUUGAAAGGAAGCAGCUAUAGAGUGAGCGGAUAACACCAAUUAAAUUACUUUCUUUUUGCUUUUCGAGAGAUAGAGAUCGGAAUGGGGAAGACAACAAGGAAACUGGAGGUGGUCUCGCCGGUUCCGGCCGACAUCGACAUAGCCAACUCCAUCGAGCCUCUCCAUAUCUCCGAGAUUGCUCAGGAUCUCAAUCUCAGCCCCCAACAUUAUGAUCUGUAUGGAAAGUACAAGGCUAAGGUGCUGCUGUCGGCGCUGGAUGAACAUGGAGGAAGUGGAGAUGGGUAUUAUGUGGUUGUUGGGGGUAUAACUCCGACGCCCCUGGGUGAAGGCAAGUCCACUACCACUGUUGGUCUCUGCCAAGCACUCGGAGCUUUUCUUGAUAAAAAGGUGGUCACGUGCCUUCGUCAGCCCUCACAAGGACCAACAUUUGGGAUCAAAGGGGGUGCUGCAGGUGGAGGCUAUAGCCAAGUGAUUCCAAUGGAUGAGUUCAAUCUUCACAUGACAGGGGACAUCCAUGCAAUUACUGCUUCAAAUAACCUGCUUGCUGCUGCCAUUGAUACUAGAAUCUUCCAUGAAUCCUCUCAAUCUGAUAAAGCUCUUUUUAACCGCUUAUGUCCACCAAAUAAAGAGGGCAAAAGGAGCUUCAACGAUAUCAUGUUUAGGCGUUUGAAAAAGCUAGGCAUCUUAAAAUCUACGCCCGAAGAGCUUACACCAGAAGAAAUAAAAAAGUUUGCCAGGCUUGAUAUAGAUCCUGAAUCCAUUACAUGGCGAAGAGUUAUGGAUGUGAAUGAUCGUUUCUUAAGGAAAAUUACUAUUGGUCAAGGCCCUGAAGAGAAGGGUAUGGUAAGAGAAACAGGGUUCGAUAUCUCAGUUGCUAGUGAAAUUAUGGCGGUCUUGGCCCUCACAACUUCCCUAUCUGAUAUGAGGGAGAGGCUUGGAAAAAUGGUUAUUGGGAAUAGCAAAGCUGGUGAUCCCAUUACUGCCGAUGACCUUGGAGUUGGAGGAGCUCUGACUGUGUUAAUGAAAGAUGCCAUUAAUCCUACACUAAUGCAGACUCUGGAGGGUACCCCUGUCCUGGUUCAUGCAGGUCCCUUUGCAAAUAUUGCCCAUGGAAACUCAUCGAUUGUUGCAGAUAAAAUUGCUCUCAAGCUUGUGGGACCAGGUGGGUUUGUGGUUACAGAAGCAGGAUUUGGUGCUGAUAUAGGGACUGAGAAGUUCAUGAAUAUUAAGUGUAGGUACAGUGGUUUAAAGCCUCACUGUGCUAUUAUCGUGGCAACCAUUAGGGCACUCAAAAUGCAUGGUGGAGGGCCUGCAGUAGUAGCUGGGAAGCCACUUGACCACGCUUAUGUGACUGAGAAUGUGGCUCUUGUUGAAGCUGGCUGCACUAAUUUGGCACGGCAUAUUUCAAACACAAAAGCUUAUGGUGUUAAUGUAGUGGUGGCUGUGAACAAGUUUUCAACUGACUCAGAGGCUGAACUUAAUGCAGUGAGGAGUAUGGCACUAUCUGCUGGUGCUUUUGAUGCAGUAAUUUGUACUCAUCACGCCCAUGGAGGGAAAGGAGCGGUUGACCUUGGAAUUGCGGUUCAGAAAGCGUGCGAGAAUGUUACACAACCUUUAAAAUUCUUGUAUCCUCUGGAUGCAAGUAUCAAGGAGAAAAUAGAGGCAAUAGCGAAGUCAUAUGGAGCUAGUGGUGUAGAGUACUCGGAGCAGGCAUUGAAACAGAUUGAGAUGUAUAGCAAACAAGGAUUCAGUGGAUUGCCAAUUUGCAUGGCGAAGACCCAAUAUUCAUUCUCGGACAAUGCUUCAGCGAAGGGGGCUCCUAGCGGUUUUGUGCUACCAAUCAGAGAUGUGAGAGGAAGCAUUGGCGCAGGCUUCAUCUAUCCUUUAGUUGGGACAAUGAGUACGAUGCCUGGCUUACCAACCAGGCCUUGCUUUUACGAUAUAGAUCUUGAUACCACAACUGGAAGAGUCAUCGGUCUAUCUUGAAUUCAGCAAACCAAACUGCAUCAUUGGAUUUUCCGAAUAAUGAAAAGCUAAAGUUGUUGUAUGUGGUGCUUAAAGCAUCCGUGAACUCUCUUUUCUGUGUGGGACAUUCAUCAAACCUUUGCUUAUUGCAUCAUUGCUGAUUUCUUUAA